GCUCAAACCAGGACGUUGCGCCACUUCAGCGCGUCGAUUUUUUACUAACCAUUUCGUUCUGAUGCCACUGGAACAUGAUUUUCAGACGAGCGCUUGCUCGGACUGAUAGGAUCUUUCAGUUUGCUCGCCAAACAAUCAUUUGGCAGAAUUACUUCAUCCAUUCCGCCAGUCGAACACAGACGCUCGAGAUACUGCGCAAUCCUCCUCCUUCUGGUUCAUUCGUAUUGAAGUAUGAAUGUAUUUUCCGCUUGAUUUUCCGGCAAAUAGAAACCCUUAUAUACCACUCAACCGGCGAACUCUGAUCAGGGAGCUGUUGCAAGAUUCUUCUGUGAUUGCGCCCACAGAGCGUGAACUUUUCGAACAACUAGCUGUAUCUUUGGACAAAAAGAUAGCUGAACAAUUCCUUCUACUAAGGAAUGAACUCGCAUUAUUGUCUCAAGCUAUUGAACCUACGCCAGCUUCACCUGGCGUGACCGACCACCACGGCGCGCUACCGAGUACAUAUUCGCGUAACUUGGUGUUCGCCGCAAAUUCGAAUGCACUGGAUCAUGAGUUUUGGUUACUUCGUCGUUUUGCACAGUUGGCUCCAAGGGCAGGCUUCAUUGAAGUGACUCGUGAUCAGUUGGAGAAUGCGUGCAGUCCAAGGCGCCUGGAGGGCAGUGGUGCCAUGUUGUACAUCGAUCCGCUUGAUUACGAUGUCAUUCGUUUCUGGGUUCGUGGCAUUCAUCCUCGGGGAAUGAAGACCGUUCCUGUGAUGCAGAAACAGGAUUCUGCAGAUGAUACAUCUGGUGGUGCAGUAACUCGUCUGAGUAGUACAUACUCCCGGAUAGUGUUCGCUACUGAGCGCAUGAUUCGACGUGUGAGGCAGUUCCGAAAAAGUCCGUUGACGCGGUUUUUUCGCUCUCUCGCCCAACCGAGACUGGAGCCCGCAUCUUCGCCAGACGACCCAUGUUUUUCUAACGUUUUUAUGGCCGCUAAACGGAAGCAAGAUGCCCACCUGCAACUGAAGUUGUUCGAUGAUGUUCCCGUACCUAAGCUUUCCGGUAAAUCAACCUACGUGGAUAAUCUUGUCUAUUUACUGCCGGAUGUUCGUUUUCAAGCCCUCACACCUGUUGGUCGCAUGAUCGUUGUUGUCAGUUCUGCUACUGCUGUAGGGUGUAUUGGCGUUGUAACUCCGCUUGCGUGGCUGCUCACAGCGAACCCAGACCUCGUUAUUGCAUGGUCCUUGGCCGCGACUGCAGGCGCAGCUGCCACGGCCAGUCUCGUUUGGGCUCGGUACUGGCGUGCUCGAGCGAGAUUGGGCCAUUGGCUCAAAAUGUUGCAUUACCAAUGCGGCCAGACAACGGGAUCGCGGGCUCUCAAUAGUGUACUGAAAUUGGCACAAGAGGAGGAGUUUAAGGCGGCUCUGUUGACCUACGCGCUUCUCCUGCGACCAUCCGAAGCCGGAUCUGCGAUCAGCCCCACCCAGUUGGGAAUUCGUGCGGAAUCGUGGAUUGCCAAACGUCUUUCUCCGAAACUUCAUAUACCUAUUCCGUCGUCACUUUCAAAAGCAGCUUCCAGCUUCACCGGUGGAUCUGGUCCUUUGUUUGAUCUCGUAUUUGAUGCGGAACGCCCAAUAGAAACUCUCAGACGUUUAGAUUUGGUUCGAGGCUCUAGCACUGACCCAAGAGUUCGUCCGCUACAUGAGGCUAUAAUCUCGAUUCAAGAUGAAUCCGAUCCACGUAGUAUUAACCUGAGCUCGUUGUGGAUAGUCGAUCCGCUUGCAGACAAUAGUCGGAUUGAGAGUCCUGCUAAUUAGUGUGCCAACCUAAAUUUGUCAUAUCCUGCAUGACCUAUAUGACGUACGAAGAAUAAUUGAAAUUGAAAGGUUUCUAUUCUUACUACCAGCCCCCUCUAGUAAUGUGACAAUUCCACAUUUGAACAAGACAUUAUGCCUGAACUUUGUUCUGGUACUGUGUCUCUGAUACUCUCUGG